AUGAGCGCCAACUUCUCCUCUCCCAGUGGCGUGUUCCUGCUGGACAAUCCGUACUUCUCAGCCGGUGCUGGACUGCUUGGGAUUGGAACGUUGUUUGCCCUGCUGAGACAGGGCUCCUUGAGAUAUGCCAUGUUCCUAAAAAGACAGCUGUUUACCACUCUUGAGAUAAAUAGUAAAGACAAAGCUUAUGGAUGGGUCCUUCCAUAUUUAUGCGCACUUCAGAAACAAAGAGCGUCGUCAAAAAAAAGCUCCCUUUUCGAUGCCAUCCUUACUCCUGCUAACCACCUUUCUGUUCAGACAACAUUUAUUCAGCGCGAGAACGGGGCAACGGAAACCUCAUUUACAAUGAUUCCAGCACCGGGAAUCCACUUUUUAAAUUGGAAGGGUCAAUGGAUCCGUAUCGAACGGACCAGGGAAAAAGGAACCUCUGACAUAACUACUGGAAUUCCAUUUGAAACUCUCACCAUUACAACUUUAACUAAACUAGAACGAAAAGCGGCGCUUUUUAAAACCUUAUUGGAAGAAUCUAGGUCUUUUGCCUUGAAGGCCUAUUUGGGGAAAACGCUUGUUUUUACAAGCUGGGCAAACGAAUGGCGGCCAUUUGGCCAGCCAAGAAAAAAGAGACCACUCUCCUCUGUGAUUCUUGAUGAUGGCAUCUGUGAAAAGUUGUUUUCUGAUAUUACGGAAUUUGCCUCGGCCUCUCAAUGGUACUAUCAGCGAGGAAUUCCAUAUCGUCGAGGAUACCUUUUGUAUGGACCACCAGGGACAGGAAAGUCGUCCUUCAUUAUGGCUUUGGCGGGUGCCUUAGACUAUAACAUUUGUAUCAUCAAUCUUUCCGAAAAUAUAAUGACAGAUGAUCGGCUACAAUAUCUAUUUAGUGUGGUCCCAGAGCGGUCUUUUAUCCUUCUCGAGGAUAUUGAUGCUGCAUUUGCAUCCAGAUCCCAACCAACAAGCCAGCAGCAAGGGGCUGCUGCUUCACAGAAAGUUACAUUCAGCGGUCUUCUUAAUGCGAUUGACGGUAUUGCUUCAUCUGAAGAAAGAAUUAUUUUCAUGACUACGAACCAUAUUGAGAGACUAGAUCCAGCCUUGUUAAGACCGGGAAGGGUGGAUGUGCAGCAAUACUUUGGAAAUGUAACUCUAUUUCAAGCCAGCAAAAUGUUUUUACAAUUUUAUCCGUGCUCCACAUCGCUUGUUGAUGAAUUUGUUAAAAAAAUUUCGCCAAUGGCCGAUCAGAUAUCGCCAGCAAUGAUUCAAGGCCAUUUUAUCCAGCAUAAGGAGAGUGCCCAAGAGGCCAUAAAAGCCAGCAUAAUUCCCCCUUAA